GUUCACAGUUUUAGAGCACCGAGUGUUUGCCUCUCACCAGACAAAAAUACCAUCCUGUGCUGGCAUCCAGAGCCAGAGUUUCCUUAUGAAUAUACACAACCACUUCCCCGUGCAAAAACAGAACUAGAGAAGGGCGACUCUGUGCUGAAAGUCCAAUAUUUGCUGGAUGAAAAACUGAAAAAUAGACCAGAUGGACCAACAGUUCCAGAACUGGCGCAGCUGUUUCAUACUACACGACUGGCAUUUAGAAGAAGACAGCGUCAUGAAAAGAAGAUAGAAUUGAAAAAGUACAAGCCAAAAGACAGAGAAGGAUUGUAA